AAAAAUAAAUCUCUAAAUAUCGUUGCUGGUAUUGUGUGAACUGUUGACGGUAUUCGGAUCGACUGUUCUUUUUAACAUUAUCCCAGAUGUAGCUUUUCUUUGACAAUUCUUUACUGGUUCUUGCUAUAACACGAAGAUGGUCUUGUCGAAUACUGGGUUCAAGAAGCGAGGAGGCGGAAAGAGCGACGAAGGCAGAGAAAGGAGUGAUGAUAACUCUGCAGAAUCACGCAUGCUCAGAAUUCAGAGCCAAGAUGUGAUGGAUAAUAAAUAUGGCUUUGAGAGACAUAAAGAUGCAACUGAGAAGCUAGGAUGGCUCAUUAACAUGCACCCAACUGAGAUUCUCGACGAUGAUAAGAAACUUAUCAGCGCACUAGACCUAUAUUUCAUCCAAGAUGAUGGCGAGCGCUUCCGGGUGGCUCUUCCAUUUAAACCUUACUUCUACAUACUAGCAAAGAAGGAUACAGAUCGGGAAGUUGCGACAUGGCUCAACAGAAAAUUUGGUGGGGCUAUUGCCAAGAUUGAGACAGUCCAGAAGGAGGAUUUAGAUUUGUAUAACCAUCUUGUCGGACUCAAGAGGAACUACAUAAAACUCUCCUUCCACACAGUAAAUGACUUAAUGAAGAUUAAAAGGGAAAUAAUGCCAGCUGUCAAUAAGAACAAAGAGCAAGCUAAGAACACGCCUGUCUAUAGCAUGAUCUCGGGAGCUAAUGGAUUUGAUGACGAAGAGGACUCAACACACAUUAAACGUGUUACUGACCAAAAAGAAAAUAUUAUUGAUAUUAGGGAAUAUGAUGUGCCAUAUCAUGUGAGAGUGGCUAUCGACUUGAAGAUCCAUGUGGGCCACUGGUACACAGCAAAAGUGCGAGGAGGCCUUUAUCCAGAAAUUAUCAGGAGAGAUGACCUCCUUGAUAGACCUGAUCCUGUUGUUCUUGCAUUUGACAUUGAGACCACCAAGCUUCCACUCAAAUUCCCUGACUCAGCAACAGAUUCCAUCAUGAUGAUAUCAUAUAUGAUUGAUGGACAGGGGUUUCUGAUUAUUAAUCGAGAGAUUGUGUCAGAAGACAUAGAGGACUUUGAGUAUACCCCUAAGCCAGAAUAUGAAGGCCAGUUUACCUGCAUCAAUGAACCAGAUGAGGAGGGUCUUCUUCGAAGAUUCUUUGAGCACGUUCUAGAAGUGAAGCCAAACAUCUUUGUGACAUACAAUGGUGAUUCCUUUGACUGGCCAUUUGUAGAAGCAAGAGCAUCACACCAUGGGAUUAACAUGAUGGAGGAAAUUGGUUUCAGCCCAGACUCUGCAGGGGAAUAUAAGUCAAGACCAGCUAUCCACAUGGAUGCCUUCAGGUGGGUGAAGAGGGAUAGCUACCUGCCAGUUGGAAGUCAAAACCUGAAGGCAACAACAAAGGCUAAGCUGAGAUAUGACCCUAUAGAGCUUGACCCUGAAGAGAUGUGUCGCAUGGCUAGUGAACAACCCCAGGAACUCUCUAACUACUCUGUGUCAGAUGCCGUGGCCACCUACUAUCUAUACAUGAAGUACGUCCAUCCUUUCAUCUUUGCGCUCUGCACCAUCAUCCCUAUGGAACCUGAUGAGGUUUUGAGAAAGGGAUCUGGAACCUUGUGUGAGGCGUUGUUGAUGGUGCAGGCUUUCCAUGCCAACAUCAUCUUUCCAAACAAACAAGAACAGGUGUUUAACAAGCUUACCAAUGACGGCCAUGUGCUGGAUUCAGAGACUUAUGUGGGAGGUCAUGUGGAAGCGCUUGAAUCUGGGGUAUUCAGAAGCGACAUCCCCUGUAGAUUUAGACUGGUACCAGAAGCAUUCCAGAAGCUCAUAGACAGCGUGGAGAACACAAUGAAACAUGCGAUCGAGGAGGAAGAGAAAAUCCCCUUUGAUACCGUCAUUAACUUCGAUGAGGUUUGCAACGACAUCAAGGCUAAACUUGGAUUGCUACGUGACACACCUGCACGCUUGGAGAAUCCGCUGAUAUACCAUCUUGAUGUGGGUGCGAUGUACCCUAAUAUCAUCCUUACCAACAGACUUCAGCCUUCUGCAAUGGUGGACGAGGCAACAUGUGCAGCGUGUGAUUUCAACAAGCCAGGAAGUCAGUGCCAAAGAGCCAUGACUUGGACAUGGCGUGGCGAGUACAUGCCUGCGAGCCGUAAUGAGUACCAGACUAUCCGACAGCAACUUGAAGCAGAGCGGAUCCCUGGGUUGAAUCCUGGUGAUGCACCACGCUCCUUUCACCAGCUCUCAACAGCUGAACAGGCGCAGAUGGAGAAGAAACGUCUUCAAGACUACUGUCACAAGGCCUACCGCAAGGUCCGCGUGACGAGGAUAGAGGAGCGACAAACCACCAUCUGCCAGAGGGAGAACUCCUUCUAUGUGGAUACCGUCAGGGCCUUCAGGGACCGACGCUACGAGUUCAAGGGUCUGCUAAAGGUAUGGAAGCGCAAACUUGGUACUGCAAUGCAGAGCGGUGAUCCAGAGGAAAUCAAAAGCUGUAAGAGCAAAGAGGUCCUGUACGACUCCCUCCAGCUUGCGCACAAGUGCAUCCUCAACUCCUUUUACGGAUAUGUCAUGAGAAAAGGAGCUCGCUGGUACUCGAUGGAGAUGGCGGGAAUUGUGUGCCACACGGGAGCCAACAUCAUCACCCGAGCUCGUGAGAUUGUGGAACAGAUCGGUCGUCCUCUUGAGCUGGACACAGAUGGUAUUUGGUGUGUGUUGCCAGCAAGUUUCCCUGAAAACUACCAGGUUGUCACCACAAAUCCAAAGAAGAGCAAAGUUGCAAUAUCGUACCCUGGUGCCAUGCUUAACAUCAUGGUUAAGACACACUUCACGAACGACCAGUACCACGAGUUGUCAGACCCUGAGAACCUGAUGUAUGACAUUCGAGCAGAGAACUCAAUAUUUUUCGAGGUUGAUGGGCCUUACAAAGCUAUGAUCCUUCCCGCUUCUAAAGAAGAAGGAAAGAAACUCAAGAAAAGAUAUGCCGUAUUUAAUGAAGAUGGAUCACUCGCUGAGCUCAAGGGGUUUGAAGUGAAAAGACGAGGAGAGUUACAGCUUAUCAAGAACUUCCAGUCGUCUGUUUUCGAGCAGUUUCUCCAAGGGAAGACACUGGACGAGGUUUACCAAGCCGUAGCAAAGGUUGCCAACUUCUGGCUCGAUGUGCUGUACAGUAAGGCGCAAAAUAUGCCUGACAACGAACUUUUCGACUUGAUCUGUGAAAACCGCAGUAUGUCCAAGACUUUGGAAGAAUAUGGCGAGCAGAAAUCCACGUCAAUCAGCACGGCAAAGAGACUCGCCGAGUUCCUAGGUGACCAGAUGGUCAAAGACAAAGGCUUAAGCUGCAAGUUCAUCAUUUCCAAGAAACCUGAAGGUUCUCCUGUGACAGAGCGAGCUAUUCCCCUCGCCAUAUUCCAAACGGAGGACGGGGUCAGAAAGCACUAUUUGAGGCGAUGGCUGAAGGAUAACUCGCUCGUGUCCUUCGACAUCCGUGAGAUCUUGGAUUGGGAGUAUUACAUUGAAAGGCUGAACAGCGCGAUUCAGAAGAUUAUCACAAUUCCAGCGGCGCUUCAAGGGGUGAGUAACCCAGUCCCGAGAUGCAUCCACCCGCCAUGGCUACACAAACGACUUCUGGAGAAGAACGAUGUGUUCAAGCAGCAGAGAAUUAGCGAGAUGUUCUCAAGACUUCCUCCUAAGCCUAAGAAUACAGAGGAGGGCCAUUCAUCAGGAGGCCCUGCAUCCAGUCAAGUUACUGAUAUUGAGGACAUGGCAAAUGGUGACACAACUAGUGCGACCAAUGGCCUGAUCCGUCCCGUCGCUACCAAAAGAAAAAGGGGCUAUGACGACGGAGACACGCCCACUACAGGUACCGGAAAGGGAUACCUGGAUCAGAUUGACCUGUCCAAGUCGUGGAGGGAACUCCUCGGCGACCCGCCCAAAUGGGGUCCCUCUGAUGAGGAAAAAAAUGCCUGGGUGGCAUUCCAGAAAAAGAAAUGGGCACAUCAAGCACGUCAGAGAGCCGAGCGAAAGCGAUUACGCAAAGAAGCCACUGAUAUGGGCAUGACGUUCACAUCGGGCGGGUCCGCUACCACAGGUCUGUCUUCCUUCAUACGUCAGAAGACGCGUACCCUACUGGACACCCCCUGGCAGAUCGUACAGAUCGCCGAGACCCCUACCCCAGGUCUGUUCAGGGUGUGGUCGCUAAUCGGGUCAGAUCUACACGCUGUGAAGGUGAACAUCCCGCGCAUUCUGUACAUCAACAGCCGGACGCCCAGGGAUGAGGAAGGGACAAUGUGGCGUAAGGUUUCCCGUACCCUGCCUCGUUCUCACGCAGCGAUUCAUCUCUACGAGUAUUCUGUCAAAGAGACUUUGUUUACGGAACACUCAAGUGCACUUGCCACGGAUCUGUCUUCGCCAGAAAUCGAAGGCAUCUACGAGUCACAGGUUCCACUUCUCACUAGGGCUCUGAUCAAGUUGGGAUGUGUAUGUUCGGUGAAUAAACUUUUCGCCAAGAUCUGCCGAGGAAAGGACAUCGACACGUUCGAACUUGAUCAGCUGGAGUUUAAGACGCUUGCGGAGAGUUCUUACCUGGACAACUUUAAUAUGAAGACCAUCUACCUGUACCACAGUUACUCAGACAACAAAGCAAUGAUUGGUGUGUUUAUGCCAGGCCAACGAAAGUCUUCAGUCUUUGUCAUCGACACUGUUCGCAACAACCAGAUGCCAAGCUUGUCUCUUAUGUUCAACACAGAAAGAUCCGCUAGAAAGAAAACAGCUGAUGAGGAGGACGAAUCAUUCUCUCUGCCUCCGGAGAACCACACCUUCGAGAUCCGAGUGGAUACUAACGCUAGACAGGCGUGGCGUGCGGUACAAAGGCUACUGAUGGGGUACAAGGAAGAGAAGAGAGGGCCCACCAUGGUGCUCGUGCAGUCUGCAUGGGAUCUGAGUCAUUUGACGUCGUCUGUGCCUGUGUUGGGUGACUUCCCCCUCGUGCCCCUGCCUUACAGUGACAGUGAUGCGCAGUAUAACGUGCUGGACUGGCAGAGGCACGCCUCCCGACGCAUGAUCCGACACUACCUCGAGGUUGACAUCUACGUCCAGGCUCAGUUGGAGCAUGCGCGUUACUUCCACGUACCCAUCGGUAACGUCAGCACUGACCCCACACUUUUUGCCGCUGACCUGUUCUUCGCACGUCACCUGCAGAAACAUAAUCACAUUUUAUGGAUGUCUCCAACGGACCGACCAGACUUGGGCGGCAAAGAGGACGAUGACAAUAGGCUUGGUCUGAUGACAGAUGAGGUGGAGUCCGUAGAGUUUAACAGCUCAGGAUGCUACCCAACAGUCUGCGUGGAACUAUCCAUCGAUGGCCUUGCAGUCAACACCAUACUACAGUCAGCACACAUCAAUGACUUUGAGGGCGGCGCCGGUACUGGCAUCAGCUUUGACAAUCUUCCUCAGGCUUCUCUGGAAGAGCUUGUACAAGGAGGAUCUAAUACCGCAACAUCACUAACUACCUAUGAUGAAGCUGCACUUUGCUCAACAGCUUUUAGGAUUCUGAAGGGCAUGGUCCACAGUUGGCUUCACGAGGUCUCAGCAUACCAGAACCAGUACGCCGAUGCCCAGCUGAUGCACUUCUACAGGUGGUUGUCUUCGCCAUCUGCAAUGCUGUACGACCCUGCCUUGUGUCGAAUGGUUCAAAGGAUGAUCAAGAAACUGUUCCUUCAGCUUGUCGGAGAAUUCAAACGCCUCGGAUCGACCAUUAUCUUCGCAAGCUUCAGUAAAAUAAUCAUUUCCACCAAGAAACGGAGUGUAUCUGAUGCGCUGGCGUACGUUGAUUUUAUCCUGAAGAGCAUCCAAUCCAAGGAUCUUUUCCACAGCAUUGACAUCACGCCGACCUCUUGUUGGGAGUACCUUAUGUGGCUUGAUAAGGCGAACCAUGGUGGUGUCCGUGGCAAACUGCCGAGUGACGAGGACACGAAUGGUGAGACUGAAGAUGACGAAGAUGACGUGUUACCUUGCACGCCCGAGAAUAAUAACGAGGAUGGUGAGCCCCAGAUCGAGAUGAACUGGAACAUUGUGAAAUAUCUCCCAACCGGUGCCUCCUGUCAGAACUUUUUCCAGAUUGUAAUAGCUGGGCACAUCCACGCCAUGUACAAGCACGCAAUAGAGGAGAGGCGCAUCAUAGAGCCUGGAACUACUCCCAUCAGGCGUCGCGGGGGAAGUAGCCAAUCACAGCGCGCCAAGGAGAGCUCCACCACGCCUGGUCACGUGAACUUUGCGCAGGAGCGGAUCCAAGGAGAAAUGACUCAGCAACUUUUCUCCAUCACCCAGAAAAUCCAGCAUACCCUGUCGGGCGACAGGUCAUCAAACAAGGAUCCGAGCUCCGAGUUUCCAAUCCUUCCAGGCUCGCAUCUACCCCUCAACAACCCCGCCCUAGAGUUCGUCAACUACGUCUGUAAGGUCCUGGCUCUUGAUAGCAACACUCAUCACCAAGUCAACAAACUUCGUCGUGAUCUCCUCAAGCUCAUCGGCAUCGGAGAAUUCUCACAAGAAGCGACAUUUAAGGACCCCUGUCUCUCCUUUGUCCUACCUGAGGUUAUUUGUGAAUACUGUAAUGCGUGCCGAGAUCUGGACUUGUGCCGUGACCCAUGUAUAGUGCCCGCUGAAGGGAACAAGCCGGCGUCCUGUCAAUGUCCUAACUGUCUGAACGAGUACAACAUGGAGGCCAUCGAGCACCAACUGAUCUCUGCCGUGCAGAAGCGAUCAAUGGGAUAUGUGCUACAGGACCUUAAGUGUGUCAAAUGCAAAGGGAUAAAAGACAGUAACAUGUCUCGGUAUUGUAAGUGCGCGGGGAAUUUCACUCACACUUCAUCAGUGGACGACUUUGCUGAGAAGAUGAAGACUUUUAGGAACAUCGCUAGGCACUACACGAUGACUAUGCUGCUUGAAACAGUCGAAUGGAUCAUGAAAAGGAACCCGUACAUGACAAGAUGAUAAAUACCUCUACUGCCUUCCACCAUCUAUGACGUGAAAACGUCGUAGCACGGUGAACCGCUGUUUGUAGCAUUUUAGAACUCUUCCCUGGCCAUCACUGGCCACAAAACACGGCGUUGACCGCUGGCAACAAUACAUGGUGCUUACCGCUGGCCGCAAAUACAUGGUGCUUACCGCUGUCCAAAAUCAACGGUGCAAACCACUGUACAACAUGUAAUUCUCAGCGGCUUUGCAUAUCCUAAUAUGAGUACAAAAUAAAUAAUUCUUUCAUAAAGGCAA